GGUCCGCCGUUGCCGCCGCUGCUGCUGCUGCUUGGGCUGCUGCCGAGCCCCGCGGCGCCACAGGAGCUGAACCCGCGCGGCCGCAACGUGUGCAGGGCGCCUGGCUCCCUGAUGCCGGCGUGCUGUGCUGGCUGGAGUCAGCAGGGGGACGAGUGCGGGAUAGCGCUAUGCGAGGGCAACUCGACCUGCUCAGAAAACGAGGUGUGCGUCCGACCCGGCGAGUGCCGCUGCCGCCACGGUUACUUCGGGGCUAAUUGCGAUACCAAGUGCCCACGCCAGUUCUGGGGCCCCGACUGCAAGGAGCUCUGCAGCUGCCACCCGCACGGGCAGUGCGAGGAUGUGACGGGCCAAUGCACGUGUCAUUCGCGCCGCUGGGGCGCGCGCUGCGAGCACGCGUGCCAGUGUCAGCAUGGUGCAUGUCACCCGCGGAGCGGCGCUUGCCGUUGUGAGCCCGGCUGGUGGGGGCCGCAGUGCGCCAGUGCCUGCUAUUGCAGCGCCACGUCGCGCUGCGACCCGCAGACAGGCGCGUGUCUCUGCCACACUGGCUGGUGGGGUCGUAGCUGCAACAACCAGUGCUCCUGCAAUGCAUCGCCCUGUGAGCAGCAAAGUGGCCGCUGCCAGUGCCGGGAACGCACGUUCGGCGCGCGCUGCGAGCGCAUCUGUCAGUGCUUUCGAGGCCGCUGCCACCCGGUGGACGGCACAUGCGCCUGUGAGCCGGGAUAUCGCGGCAAGUACUGCCGCGAGCCGUGCCCAGCAGGCUUCUAUGGCUUGGGCUGCCGCCGCCGGUGCGGCCAAUGCAAAGGCCAACAGCCAUGCACGGUGGCCGAGGGCCGCUGCUUGACGUGCGAGCCUGGUUGGAAUGGCACCAAGUGUGACCAACUAUGCGCCACCGGUUUCUAUGGCGAGGGCUGUGGUCAUCGCUGCCCACCUUGCCGCGACGGACAUGCCUGCAACCACGUCACCGGCAAGUGCACGCGCUGCAAUGCGGGCUGGAUCGGUGACCGGUGUGAGACCAAGUGCAGCAAUGGCACCUAUGGCGAGGACUGCGCCUUCGUGUGCGCCGACUGUGGCAAUGGCCGCUGCGAUUUCCAGUCCGGGCGCUGCCUCUGUAGCCCUGGUGUCCACGGCCCCCAUUGCAACUUGACGUGUCCGCCUGGGCUCCACGGUGUGGACUGCGCUCAGGCCUGCAGCUGCCACGAAGACUCCUGCGACCCAGUUACUGGUGCCUGCCGCCUAGAGACCAAUCAGCGCAAAGGCGUAAUGGGAGCGGGCGCACUGCUAGCCCUGCUCCUAGGCCUGCUGCUCUCGCUACUUGGCUGCUGUUGCGCGUGCCGUGGCAAGGACCCAGCGCGCCGGGAGCUCUCGCUGGCGAGGAAGAAGGCUCCACAAAGGCUGUGUGGGCGCUUCAGCCGUAUCAGCAUGAAGCUGCCCCGGAUCCCGCUUCGGAGGCAGAAACUGCCCAAGGUCGUAGUGGCCCACCACGACCUGGAAAACACCCUCAACUGCAGCUUUCUGGAGCCACCUUCAGCGCUGGAGCAGCCCUCCCCUUCAUGGUCUUCCAGGGCCUCCUUCUCAUCUUUUGACACCACUGAUGAAGGCCCUGUGUACUGUGUACCCCACGAAGAAGCAGCAGCCGAAAACCGGGACUUGGAGCCCCCUUCCAGCCCAGCAGAGGUGCCAGGGUCAUCCCCGUUGCCCCUGACCUCACCGGUGGCUGUGGAGGAUGUAGCGCCCCUUCCGGCGUCUUCGGACAGCGAGCGGUCAGCCUCGAGCAUGGAGGGGCCUGGCGGGGUGCUGUAUGCGCGCGUAGCCCGGCGGGAGGCGCUAUGGGCCCGGGCUUGGGGGGAGGCCGGGGGCCUGUCGCCAUCGCCGGAGCGCAGGAAGCCGCCACCGCCCGACCCCUCCACUAAGCCCAAGGUGUCCUGGAUACACGGCAAGCAGGUCGCUGCCCAAGCCACCCGCGCGCCCUCGCCGUCGCCCCCGGCUCCCGAGGCUGCGCCCAGUCCCAGCAAGAGGAAGCGGACUCCCAGCGACCCAGCACCGCGGCCCCCAGGGCUAGCCGAAGAGGCGCCUGUCCCUGCCGCGCCCUCGCAACAGAGGGCCCGAGCUCGGAGGCGCGGCCCCGGCCCCUCAGAACCGGUGGACGCCGGCGGGCCCCCGCGCAACGCGCCCGAAGCCGCGUCUCUCCUAGCGGCCGAGCUGCGCGGCAAGACUCGCAGCCUAGGCCACGUCGAGGGAUCCCCCGGCGCACCAGGGCCUCGAGAGAAGCCGGCCCCGCCGCAGAAGGCCAAACGUUCAGGGCUGCCUGUCUCGCCGUCCCGCGCGCCCCCUGCGCCCGAGACGUUGGAACCGGAGAAGACGGCGGUCGUCGCCCCAUUUCCCGAGACCCCCCGCAAGAAGACACCCAUCCAGAAACCGCCGCGCAAGAAGAGCCGGGAAGCGGCGGGCGCUCCUACCCUGUAG